AGGUGGAUCUCUGUGAGUUUGAGGCCAGGCCGGCAUAGUUAGUUCUAGGACAGUCAGGGCUACACAGAGAAACCCUGUCUUGAAAAAAAAAAUAAAUAAAGAAUGCUUCACAAAUUUUCUUGUCAUUUUUUUGUGCAAGGCCUAUGCAAAUCGUUCAGUAUUGUUCCAAUUUUAGUAUAUGUACUGCCAAGAAGAGCACUGUAAUGGACAGUUUCUUACAGGCUGUUCAAUCAGACUGCAUAUAUGGGAGUCCCAAAGUACCUUGAGAUUUUUAGCAAAAGAAACCUUUCACAUAAGUGGCAUCAAAUAAAACAUGACUAACUGACAAGUGCAUAAGUGGGAGUUUUGUGUUUGUUUUGAGACAAGGUCUCAUUUUGUAGGUCAGGCAGGCCUACGACUUAAAAUCCUUUUUCCACUACUUCUCGGGUACUGGUAUUAUAGGCAGGCUCCUCCACAUUCAUCUCAGGGAGUUGUUUUAAGACUAUUUUGUUAUCCCAGCACAUGGCAGAUUGAUGCAGGAAGAUCAGGAGUUCAAGGACAGAUUCAGUUACAUAGCAAGUUCAAGGCCAGGCUAGGCUACAGGAGACCUUUUAGUAUAACUUUUACUCUGCAAAAUUAUCCAGGCCAUUGUGCUUUCAGAAUGUAAAUCUAUAGCUCUCCAAAUAGAAUAAAAAUCCUUCAGGCUUUGCCUUUCUUCCCCUUGCUCAAGUAUGUCGGUCCCCUUUGUGUCUGUCUGUAAGCAUGUGUAGGAAGGAUUGGUGAAGCAGAUGUUAUUUCAAUCUUUGUAGUGUGAAAUGAUUUCAGGAUAAUAUGGGCACUGAACAUUGAUGGUAGGAGCAAAGCUUUACUUUUGUGAUUUCUCAGCCUUUGCAUUAUUUUCUACAGAUGAUUUGAAGUUAUCCUCACCUUGGUUUCUUACAGUUGGAAAAAGAAAACAUCAUGUACAUGGAUAGAUAUUUGCGGCCCUAUUUCAGACCAAAUAAAUCUGCUGUGGGAUGUCUUUCUGUACGCUGUGAAUAUGUGUUACUCUGAUUGGUUGAUAAAUAAAGCUGCAUUGGCCUAUGGCAGGGCAGGAUGGAGCCAAGUGGGAAAAUCCAAGGGAGAUAGUAGUGAAAAGAAAAAAAGGAGAGUGGGGAAGACACUGCUAGCCGCCACCAGGAGAAGCAAGAUGUAAAAGUACCAGCUACAUAAAUCAGUUUCUGAAAGUGAGGUCAAGUUUGAGAGCAAUUGCUCUACUCUGUGUUGGCAGAUGCAGACCUAAAUACAGACUCUGCAACGGAAUUAUGGAAGGCAGAACCCCAAGAUGCAAGAGACCAGGGAGGCGGCAGCUGCAUCCUCAGGGAGGAAGCUAGGAUGGCCCAGUCUGCCGGAAGUGCUUUGAGGAUGGGGUUGGAGGCAGCAGAGUCCACAGCCCUGCUCCCCAGGGCAGAGACCUUUACAGAGCCUACAGAGCUUCGUCCACAAAAGCGGAAAAAGGGGCCAGCCCCCAAAAUGCUGGGGAAUGAGCUGUGCAGUGUAUGUGGGGACAAGGCCUCUGGCUUCCACUACAACGUGCUGAGCUGCGAGGGCUGCAAGGGAUUCUUCCGCCGCAGUGUCAUCAAGGGAGCGCGCUACGUUUGCCACAGCGGUGGCCACUGCCCCAUGGACACCUACAUGCGGAGGAAGUGCCAGGAAUGUCGGCUGCGCAAAUGCCUCCAGGCGGGCAUGCGGGAGGAGUGUGUCUUGUCAGAAGAACAGAUCCGUUUGAAGAAACUGAAGCGGCAAGAAGAAGAGCAGACUCAAGCCACGUCAGUGUCCCCCAGGGUUUCCUCAGCUCCCCAAGUCCUGCCACAGCUCAGCCCGGAGCAACUGGGCAUGAUUGAGAAGCUGGUUGCUGCCCAGCAACAGUGUAACAGACGCUCCUUUUCUGACCGACUGCGAGUCACGCCUUGGCCCGUCACGCCUGACCCUCAGAGCCGGGAAGCCCGACAACAGCGCUUUGCCCAUUUUACUGAGCUGGCCAUCGUGUCUGUGCAGGAGAUCGUUGACUUUGCCAAGCAGCUCCCUGGCUUCCUGCAGCUCAGCAGGGAGGACCAGAUCGCCUUGCUGAAGACCUCUGCGAUUGAGGUGAUGCUUCUGGAGACGUCACGGAGGUACAACCCUGGGAGUGAGAGCAUCACCUUCCUCAAGGACUUCAGUUACAACCGGGAAGACUUUGCCAAAGCAGGGCUUCAGGUGGAGUUCAUCAAUCCCAUCUUUGAGUUCUCCCGAGCCAUGAAUGAACUGCAGCUCAACGAUGCCGAGUUUGCCUUGCUCAUCGCCAUCAGCAUCUUCUCUGCAGACCGGCCCAACGUGCAGGACCAGCUCCAGGUAGAGAGGCUGCAACACACGUAUGUGGAGGCCCUGCAUGCCUAUGUCUCCAUCAACCACCCCCACGACCGACUGAUGUUCCCACGGAUGCUAAUGAAGUUGGUGAGCCUCCGGACUUUGAGCAGCGUCCAUUCAGAGCAAGUGUUUGCGCUUCGCCUGCAGGACAAAAAGCUUCCCCCGCUUCUGUCUGAGAUCUGGGAUGUCCACGAAUGACGGUUCUUCCUCCAUGUCCUCUGUGCUUUGGGACACACGACUGAGGCUUACGGACUGCUUUCUAGAGGUGGAGCAGACUGAGAAGGGCGAACAUUCCUGGGAGCUGGGUGAAGGAGAUCCUUGCGUGGCAUUAAAGGAGAGUCAAAGGGUUGGGUGUUUUGUGGCUGCUGGGCAGUUGGGGACCUACUAUCGUAGUGCACAUCUGAAGACCUUAUUGACCUAACCAAAUAAACUAGCCAGGAAGGCCACUUUGCAAGGGUUCUUCAGGGCCCUGCCCA